UUAUCCCCUCUCCUCUGCCAGAUGUGGUGAGAAUGAGAGGGAACGAUCCCUCAUCUGAUAGCUUCACCCUCAUAUUCGCGAGGAUCUGUUGUUGAGAUUCUGUCUUGCGAAGAUGCGUAGCAGGCGACUCGUAUGGUGACAUGCUUUUGACCCCAAUCUCCUCCUCACGCCUCUGUGUCGGUCUGAUAUGUUCUUGGCCUUCUUCCUCACCGUACUGAUGUCUUAUCGGCUGUUGUGAUGCAUCAUGGAGGGCAGUAAGGGGAGGACGCGCUUCCCUUUCGCGAUAGACGCCGAACGUGAGCCAGACGUAUGAGAUGGCGACAAACGCGCAAGCAAUGGCUGUCUGCAUGAUGUAUGUAUCGAUGGAUGUGUAUAUAUAUACAUGCGUGACCCUGCAUGUUAUAUGUACGUACCUGCAGUAUAUCCCAUCUAUCGUCGUUCCCGAAGAAAAGCGCAUUCUAAGUGGACAUGAUAUACAUACUUCUACACAACAACGUGCACACAUACUAAUCGCCCCCAUCUACCUGUGGGUUGUCACUCUUGACCGCGUAACACAAUCCAGCACCAGCACACUGACCUGCAUACACACAUACAUACUAACAUGAUACAUGGAUAUGUAUUCAUGUACAGAGUAUCAUGAAGUGAUGUGCAUAUACAGCAUGUGCCUAUGCAUAGAGGAGCAUAUGUAUACAUACAUCGUGUACAUGUGUGCGUGUCUUCACACCUACCCGCGAGUAUCCAUGUCCACAGGAGGAGGGCUAUGGAAGAUAACUUGUGAUCACGCCAAGACUGCAGAUGUAUCCAUGUAUGUAUCGUGAUACAUGAAUACGUACAUUAAUGCACAUGUACGAGUAAGUUACAUGAUUUACAUACACGCAGUACACAAUGAAUGCGUACCUGGUAAUACAGACUGGUGAGCAACAUGGCUGUCACCAAGAGGUGACUGACAAGCAAGCACACAAUCGUGUGACUCGAGAGAAUGACAGAGCGAUUCGUUCGUCCAUGCCUUAUCCAGCGGCACGUCCCAUUGCAGAAUCACUAUCAUCACACUGAUGUGUGAGACCUCUAAAGAGGAGCAGAGCGAUCACAGGAGCGCACGCUGAAGUCUGUUUUCACCUGAGAAAAAGUCCGUUUCAGGUGAUAACGAAUUCGAUAGAUCUUCUACCUUCUCUACUCCUCUCUGGGCACCUGCGAGCUAACCUGAGCUGAGCUUCAAAGGGGAUGUCUUGCGAAACUGGUUGUGCAGAUCUUGCGCUCGAGUCACGGAGGGCACGCACAAGGCCGCCCGCGGCUUGUCGAACAACUCAAAGGGGCGCCGUAGCCGCCGAAGCAGAUGCAAUCUCCGAAAUUCAAUAGAGAGAUCUUCGAAGUCCAAGUAGAACCUAUGGGACUUCGAAGUCAUGUCUCCACUCUCGAGCCAAUCCACGUGCCAACCCACGUGAGCGACAGGGCUACAGCGAUCUCUUUGACGCUGUAGCGUCUUACCCGGUGGAAGACACAAAGGGAGCGACACAAAGAGACUCAGAGGCCCUGACAAAUGAGGUCGGUGUGAUGCAUAUUACCCGAUGUAGAUCAUGUCACCCGAACGGUAUGUAAGACUUGCUGUGGCGCUUAAUCAAAAUCACCGAAACCCGCAACGUCUUGCAAAGCACGCGGUCCGGGAAGUCAACAGGGGAGAGUAGCUUAGUUGGCGUGGGCCGGUCGUUCAAAUGAGUGAUUCUUUGACGGUCCCCUUGACGGCGUCAAAGUCAGUCGCUUAUUCGUUCCAUACGCUACGGUGCCCCCGUCAACGGAGGGCUUUCGUCCCUUCGUUUUUCCGGACUCCGUAAUUCGUGUGUGGUGGCGGUCUCGGUGAUGAUUUUUCCCCUUUGCACAGAGCAGACGAGCCCAGACAAACUGCACCAGGCUGUCGUCCGUCAUCUGAAGGUGAAUUUGAUGCCCUGUCCAUUGCCUGCAAAAUUCUUUUCAGAACAUGGGUCGUAUCUGACCGCCCCUCGGCUCCAGACCAAAUUAUGCAGCAAACAUCCCUCUGCAUGGCAGUCGCAGCGGUCAGACCGCAGCUGGUUUUAAAUCAUCACGGUUCACUUUGACAUUGUCCCCUUCGAGAUGUCAUGCCCGCAUUCCUUGACUGCGUCCCGGCUCAAGAAUACUCAGAAAACCAAGUCAUGUCUCGAGCCAAUCCACACGCCGACCAGCCAA